CCUCUCAAUGGGGUGAGGGAGCAGCUAGGCAGAAAACCGGCAGAUAGUUGAAGUGGGUAGGGAAGGCAGAGCUGGGGAAGUGAGGUUUUCAGCCGGAGGCACUGAGGCAGUCCUUCUCCUGCUCUAUGAAAAGUGCCAGCAAGAAGCUUUCCGCGGCCAUGCUGCAAUAGAGAUGUUUGCCAGACUUGUUUAACUAGCUCGCAACCUCUGAACCCGUGGUGAAAGGGCAGAGCCGUGAAGCCGGGCUGUGCUCCGUCACAUGGCUUGGGUGUUUGGGACAAAACAGGAAGCAAAUGCAGGUUCCUGAGUUCAGCCCGCUCAGACGGAGUGAGUCAGGGGAGCAGCGCUGGUGCGAGAAGGGCUGUCUGCUCACUGAAGACUUCGUCUCUUAACUAAUCCAUCUUUUCAGUGAUGAGACAACGCUGGGAGGUAUGGAUAAAAAUAUUGGAGAGCAGCUUAAUAAAGCUUAUGAAGCCUUUCGACAGGCAUGCAUGGAUAGAGACUACGCUGUGAAAGAAAUGCAGCAAAAAACGGAAAGCUAUGUACAGCAAAUACGGGAACAGCAGGAACAGAUAGAGCUUCAGAAAGGUAUAAUUGGAAAACUCAAGUCACAGUUAGCUACUAACAGAGGCAAUGCCCAUGGUUAUGUUCUACCUGAAGACCCUGAAACAAAGAGAAAUGAAAUCUCCCUUAACUUAACUUUUGAUCAGCUUUAUGAAAAACUGAACCUGGCAAUGCAAAGAGAGAAAUUUUUAAAGGAACAAUUGGAGAAUGAGAGCAUCAGAAUGAAGCAAAUUGAGGAAGAGAGCAAUCAAAAAGAAAAGAAACUUGUAUCAAUUAUUGCUGUAAAAGAAGAAAAAAUAAGGAUUUUAAGUAACAGAUUAAUAGAAUUAAAUGAAGUACAAAACUGCAUGCAGAUGCCAGUAUAUAAGAUGGAGGUGAAAGGGAAAAAGGUUGCUUCAGAUAGACUUGAGUUAUCUCCAGGGAUCCCUGGUAUUUCAGCUGUGCCUGAAAGGGAAGCUCUAGAGACAGUUUUCCAGGAGGUACAGGAAGAAUGUCAUCGAAUAUGCACAUUAGCCAGAAAACAAACAGAUCAACUGAGUAAAUUUAACAUGAAGAGAGAACCUGUAACUGAUAUCCAGUUUUCUUUGCCCAUCCAGUGUACUGAUAGAAGUGAUCAACAAGCAGAAGAGCUUUUUAAACCUUGGGUUAAAAAGGAUAUAAAUAGAGGUGCAUCAUGCAUCACAUCUAUCACACCAAGAGGAGUGGGCCAAGAUGAGGAAGACAACUCUGUGGAAUCACUUUCUAUAUUUAAUGUCAAGUUUCCACCUACAGACAAUGACUCUGCUUUCUUGCAGAGCACUCAGGAUAAACCAACAAUGCCUUGUACUGUAAUAGCCGAAAACGUGCUUCAGGAUCAUGAUUUUAACAUGGAGCAUAGGGACCAUGCUAUGAACAGCAGUAAAUUGAAUUCUAACUCAUCAGAAGCACAUGGAUUUGAUCCCAUAACCUCAGCUUUACAAAACCUAACAACUACUGAAAAAAGCAGCUCCCCAAACCCUACAAACAUGCUUAUAGAAAAUUCUCAGGACAAAACUUUGUGUUUGACAACUGGAGAUACUGAUCCCAAAUUUGUUCAUGAGCACACAAAUCAAGAUGUCUGUGAAGUAAAAUUUCCCUCUUCAGAGGCCACUGGGACUACUGUCAGAGGACCUCAUCAGCCCAUCUGGAAGCCUCAAGACAAUGACUUACUGAUGCAAGCUUAUACAGAGUCUGAACUGAAUCAGUCUGGAAUAUGUGCGUUCUGUCAGGAAGUUUUCCCACCAUCACUUACAUCCAAAGGGGAUUUUCUCAGGCAUCUUAAUUCACACUUUAAUGCACAGUCUUAAUGUAUCAUAAUGCUUGCUUACUGUGUGUAAAGCAAGCUGAAUUCUGUGUUAUUGUGCUAUUGAAUUGCUGUUCUGUAUAUAUUUAAAUUUUACUUCAAUACACAUUAGGAAUUUCAGAAUUAAGGCUAUGUCCACAAAAAAACAAAUUACUGGAACUUUUUCAGUUGAAUGCAUUUUAUUUUUUUAAAUUACCUUUGACAUUGCAAUUUUACAAUUUUAAGUCAUUCAGUGAAAUAUAGAAAUUGUCAUAUUCUUUAUCAUGUUUCAGCAUUAGCUUUGGGCCUGCUCCUACAAAGCUUUUCUUAGGUUUUCAAUUAUCACCUGAGUAAUCCCACAGUAAGCAGUAACUACUUGCAGGAGUAAAGGUUUGUAGGAUUAGGCCUUUAAUUUCUGGAGGUUAUUAUUAAAAAUUCUCCUUAUUAGCUAGGUGCCUGAUCCUCUGAAGUAACUAGGAAGAAGAAACAGGCCCUAUUUUUUUUAAUUCUGGAGUGGUAUUUUCAAAUUUGACUUAAGACAGGUUCAAUAUUGUAUUUAGAUUGAGAACAAGUAUGAAAUUUCACAGGUGUUGAAGGUCUUAUAAAAUCACCAAUAUCUAAACUCCACGUGACAAACUUUGAGAAAGCUAAAACUGUCUUUUGUUAGUAAUGGGAGAGAGAAGGUCAUUCUACCAGUGCAAAUCUUUACUAGAGAUUUAUUUUAACUACCAUGGGUUAAUUAACCCUUAGCUAAAAUGUAAAGGUAGCAAUACAAAAUUUGACAGAUGCAUUAUUAAACAACUUAUUAAUAUACCCUGCCAGCAUUAAUACUUGUGUAAAGUACUCUCCUCCAUAGGAGUUGAGACCUGCUUUUCUGAACAGGUUAAGUGAACAAGAUUUAAAAUUUCCCUGAACUUUAACAUUCAAAAGAGAAUGUAGUUUUUCUUCUGGCUCUUUACUGGAUAUUAUUCAGACUUCCUUAAGUCUAUAAAACAUUUGACAACCAGACAUGCAGACUGAAGUCCAUUGGCUUUCUUUAAAAAAAUAGAUUUUAAAACUAAACAGUUGAAACUGUUUUUCACAAGUUAAUACAGUUUAUGACUAUUAAAGUAAAAAAAUAAAAAUAAAAGGCAAGGUAGCAAAAGCAUUGAAAGGUAAUGAUGGUCUCGUGGGAUGGUGGAGUUGGCUGCAUUUGGACUAAAGUUUUUCUUUCCGGACAUAUUAGCAUCAAUAUUUCUUCUCCACGGGUAAGCACUUUCCCCCCAUCUUUUUGAGAAGGUGUCUGGGGCAGGGGUGACUGUUUUAAAAAGCUUAGGGGAAACUAAUGUCUUGCAUUUUAGAAGUGAGUUCUUAUUCUAGUCUGAGGUGCAACCUGAUCCUCCACUAAACCUUCUUCUACAACGAUUUACUCCAUUUUAAGCCUCUCGUGUUUGCAUGACUAGCGCGAGCCGAGCGUGCUGCAGUGAAGCGCGGGGUGCGGUGCGGUGCGGUCCGC